AUGACCAACAGCAAUUUCUCGAACCGUCAAGACAUCACCCCAUCGCACACCGGCGAUCCUACUCCCUAUUCGCGCUCGACCCCAGACGCCUCCACCAGUGACGAGUUCUUAGAGCGGGCACUUAAUUUCACACAACAACCCGCACCGCAGCAGAUCAAUCCUCAGAGACUUCGCCAGCCUGUUGCCAUACCUCAGGUCAUUCCUGGACUCGGCCAACCCUACGCAAGAGCCUACAGUCACGAGCUAAAAGAGCAUGGGGUAUCAAUGGAAGACUUCGUCAAGUUCAUUGAUAAUCUGAAUGUGGUCUCAGCUGGCAGCCCGCCUCUACAAAUCGUCGACCUGGCGGGUGGUGUGGUGGGAAUGAUCCCAUUUGCGCAUGCCCAGCUGAUCUCGUUUGGAAUCCAAACUGUUGCAAAAGUCGGCGUAGCUGCAGUCAGCAAGACUAGAGGGUCGAUGUUCUUGUCGAAGUCGAAUACGGCCUUUUUCAAUCCACGUGGUCUAAAGGUGGAAUUAGUUACCACGGAAGCGCUCAGAUACAAAUUGCGAAUACCUCCAGACGCUUCAGCACCAGCCGACGAUAUACAUUCCAACGACAUGGGCCUCAUUGAGCGCCGUAUGGCCAUGCUAAAAGGUUAUGCGGCUCCUGUGACCUUCGACGUGCCACCUCCUGAUCAGCAGACCAAUAUUUUGAAUAAUAUGAGCGCAGCGCAGCAGAAAAGAGUCCUUGCAAAGCAAGAACAAAAGUUUCAGAAGGAACGUGCAAAGGAUUGGGCCCAGAGCGGCUCUUCGGGAAACAACGUGAAAAGAGGCGAUAGCCGAGAGAACGAGGACAUCAGCAAAAAGCAGAGGAAGGUUGACAAGAUAAACGACGAGCUUGAUCGCAAGCUCGCGAAAAAGCCAAAAGAUGCUUCCAAAAUUGAACGCGAGAGAUCUAAAGACAUAGAGAAGGUGGAGAAGGACGCUCGGAAGGAGCUCGAGAAGAUGGACAAGGAUCGUUAUAAAGACAGUGGGAAGUCGAAAAAGGAGGAGAGUAAGAAGGCGGAAAAGGAGACGAAAGCCAUGAACAAGAUCCAGUGGAUCCUGAUCGAGAGCCUGCACUAA